UAGAUCAAAAUGGCGGUACAAGCAGCAGCUCAAAGCUACAGAAAUCUGUCUUUGAAUGAUAUUUUUGGACAAAGGAGGGGAGCAUCAAGAGAUGAAGAAUUAACCAGGGAUCUAUCAGCAAAUUUUUUGAAUGAAUGCCGAUUUGCAGUUCCUCCUGGAACCGAUCCCAUAGAGUUUUUAAGACCUUUUGCUAAUGGAGAAAGUGAUGUUAAGAUCCAUUUUGACCAUGGAACAACUACUUUGGCCUUCAAAUUCCAACAUGGUGUCAUUGUAGCCGUUGAUUCAAGAGCAACGGCUGGUUCUUACAUUGCCUCACAGACGGUGAAAAAAGUGAUUGAAAUCAACCCAUAUCUUCUUGGGACAAUGGCUGGGGGAGCUGCUGACUGCUCUUUCUGGGAGAGACUUCUUGCCAAACAAUGCAGGAUUUAUGAGUUGCGCAAUAAAGAGAGAAUCUCAGUGGCUGCUGCAUCUAAACUUCUUGCCAACAUGGUGUAUAACUACAAAGGCAUGGGGCUCUCUAUGGGAACCAUGAUAUGUGGCUGGGAUAAAAGAGGGCCAGGUCUGUACUAUGUUGAUAGUGAUGGCACUCGCCUGUCCAAUGACAUGUUCUCUGUUGGCUCUGGUUCCACCUAUGCUUAUGGUGUGUUGGACAGUGGCUAUAAGUAUGAUUUGAGUGUUGAAGAAGCUUAUGACCUGGGUCAGAGAGCUAUUUACCAUGCCACUCACAGAGAUGCAUACAGUGGGGGAGUGGUGAACUUGUAUCAUAUGAGACAGAAUGGAUGGAUCAAGGUUUCUCAAACAGAUGUGGCCAAACUUCAUUACCAAUUUCAAGAAGAAAAGCAGAAAUAGAAAUCAAGUUUAUGUCACUCCAUAACUUUACAUGUGCUGAACGAUAUUGUCAAUAAAAUUUGUGUCAUUGUCUUUAAAGUA